AUGACACUUUUCCACUUAGCCGCAAAGCUUGAAUGUGCGGCAAUUCAUAUAUAUGGUUCUAUUUGCGAUGGUGCAGGUGAAAAUAGGAGGCAUAUCAAGAGCUUCGAUUGGUUUGCAACAAUUUGGAAAGUGAAUGACAAAGUUGAAGUUCAGUUGUCGAAUAAACUAGGAAAAAAGAGUUAUCAACCGGCUAAAAUAAUUUCUUUUAACUCAAAACGUACCAAAUUUUUAAUUCAACUUUUAGGCUCUACACAAGCUUAUCAUAAUGUUUCACGUUCGUCUUUACGACCCCCAAUGCCAGGCAAAAUUAUUUGGAAAAUUAAUGAUCAAUGUGAAGUCCGAAGUACAAUUGACAAUGAAUGGUAUCUUGGUAAAGUACUUACUGAAAUCUUGACGGAUAAUUAUCUGGACAUCGAAGUUAUAAUUGAGAGUAAUGGAAAAUUUGAAUUUUUUAUAUAUAUUGUGAUAUUCGCCCUGUAUAUAAUGAAAAUGAACAUUGGGCAUCACAUCGUCUUCAAGAAGUUAAGAAAUAAUGUUUCUAAAAGUCAUAUUAGCAAUGAUGAGAACAAGAAUAUAAGAAAAAUAAUGUUUAAUGGGUGGGAAAUUAGUUGGCGGCAUUUCCGUGGUGUAUACGAUCAUACAACAAAACAUAUGACUGCAAAAGCUACCAAGUUGACAAAGCGACAUAUUUGGCUUACCACUUGGAGCAAAAUGAGAGUAGACCUUGUGGAGCAUACAUUAUCACUUGAUGUUGAAAAAGUGAUGGCAAAUAUUCCAGAGUUAAGUUACAUUUCUCAAGGCACUCAG